GUCCUGUCGGAGGGGUCCUCGCGCAGCUAAGUGGAGGAGCCGGAGCGGCAGCGGCCGGUGGCUGCGGUGCGAAAAUGGCGGACGUGCUGAGCGUGCUGCGGCAGUACAACACGCAGAAGAAGGAGAUUGUGGUGAAGGGGGAUGAGGUGAUUUUCGGCGAGUUUUCCUGGCCCAAGAAUGUCAAGACCAACUAUGUCAUCUGGGGGACAGGGAAAGAGGGACAACCCAGGGAAUACUACACUUUGGAUUCUAUCUUGUUCCUGCUUAAUAAUGUGCACCUUUCGCAUCCUGUUUAUGUCCGUCGUGCUGCGACUGAAAACAUUCCUGUGGUAAGAAGACCUGAUAGGAAAGACCUGCUUGCAUACCUAAAUGGUGAAACAUCAACCUCAUCAAGCAUAGACAGAAGUGCUCCGCUUGAAAUUGGUCUACAACGGUCCACUCAAGUUAAAAGAGCAGCAGAUGAAAUACUAGCAGAAGCAAAAAAACCAAGAAUAGAGGAUGAAGAGUGUGUGCGCCUUGACAAGGAGCGAUUGGCAGCUCGCUUGGAAGGACAUAAAGAAGGUAUUGUGCAAACAGAGCAGAUCAGGUCCUUGUCUGAAGCCAUGUCAGUGGAAAAAAUUGCUGCUAUCAAAGCAAAAAUCAUGGCAAAGAAAAGAUCCACUAUCAAAACUGAUCUGGAUGAUGACAUAACUGCUCUUAAACAGAGAAGUUUUGUUGAUGCUGAAGUGGAUGUAACCCGAGAUAUUGUCAGCAGGGAGAGAGUAUGGAGGACAAGAACUACAAUCUUGCAAAGCACAGGCAAGAACUUUGCCAAGAAUAUUUUUGCAAUUCUUCAGUCAGUAAAAGCCAGAGAAGAAGGCCGAGCACCUGAGCAAAGACCUGCACCAAAUACAGCACCAACGGAUCCCACUUUACGAAAUAAGCAACCGAUUCCAGCUGCCUACAACAGAUACGAUCAGGAAAGAUUCAAAGGCAAAGAGGAAACGGAAGGCUUUAAAAUUGAUACCAUGGGCACCUAUCACGGAAUGACUCUCAAGUCUGUAACGGAAGGUGCUUCUGCUCGCAAAACACAAACGCCAGCAGCACAGCCUGUACCACGACCAGUUUCUCAAGCAAGACCACCUCCAAACCAGAAAAAAGGAUCGCGAACUCCUAUAAUCAUUAUUCCAGCAGCCACGACCUCUUUAAUAACGAUGCUUAAUGCCAAGGACCUUCUGCAAGAUCUGAAGUUUGUACCAUCAGAUGAAAAGAAAAAACAAGGCUGUCAGCGAGAGAAUGAAACUCUAAUACAGAGAAGGAAGGACCAGAUACAGCCUGGGGGAACUACAGUCAGCGUUACUGUACCUUAUCGAGUAGUAGACCAACCUCUGAAACUUAUGCCACAAGACUGGGAUCGUGUGGUGGCAGUGUUUGUACAGGGUCCUGCUUGGCAGUUCAAAGGCUGGCCUUGGCUCUUGCCUGAUGGAUCCCCUGUUGAUAUCUUUGCAAAAAUUAAAGCUUUUCAUCUCAAAUAUGAUGAAGUACGUCUGGAUCCAAAUGUACAGAAAUGGGAUGUAACAGUGUUAGAACUAAGCUACCACAAAAGACACUUGGACAGGCCAGUAUUUCUACGCUUCUGGGAAACUUUGGACAGGUAUAUGGUAAAGCACAAAUCUCACUUGAGAUUCUGAAUCCUUCAACUGCCAUUUAUUUCCUGAAGUAUGGAUUGAGAAAAAUGAAAGGGGAUCCAGUUUGGAGACCAGAGCUCGCACUAUAUGAUAUGUCAAGAACUUUACAAACAAGGAAGGGUCACAGUUUAAACUUUUUAUAAAAUCUUGUUUGGAGGCUUCAUGCUAUGGCAGGUUGACACCUGUUGUUCUUCAGAAGCAAAGGGGUUUUGCUUAAAACUAUUUUUUUAAUGUUGUUAGCCUCUAGUCUGCAAUCCAAAUUGUAUAUUUUGAUAGCAGGAGUUUCUUCUCAGUUUUGUUAAAAUUAGCCACAUUUUUAAAUGAUGUGUUUUGUUCCGUAUUAGAAAAUAGAUUGAUCUUCACUGCAGGUUAAAAAUGUGUGUGUGUGCGCAUGUGCACACGUGUGUGUAUAUAUAUGUGUGUGUGUGUCUAUAUAUAUAAUGUAUAAAACAAAUCAGACACACUUAUGCACACAUAGAUGUUACCAGGCUUUCUAAACCACUUAGCUUCUGAGCUUAGUUUUGGUUUUCUUUACAUAUUGUUUUACUUACUGAAAAAAUUUUGUUGUGGAUUCUAUUACAUUUUAGUCAAUAGGACUUAGAAAUUGAGCAAAGUGAAAAUUGUUUUGGAUAAAUCAACAUGUCAACCUGUAUAUGUAUAUUCUGUCAGUCUUUGUUGAAAAAGGGAAGAUGAAAAAUCUAGAAAGACUUUUUUGGGUUUGUAAUGUCCCAGUUUACUAAAUCUUUAAACUUCAUUAUAGGAAUACCUUCAAGUCAUGCUAAUUUUAAAUUGCCAUUCUCCACACAGGUCUCUUUAAACUGGAAGUGUGCAUGUGUAGAUUCCCAUCUAUCAAAAUGCCUUUACAUAUGAGUCUGAAUGUUACCUAGAUUAAACAGUGAAUAGAGGAGAGAGUUUGGAUUUUUUUUUUCCUCCUGAAACAGCCACCACAAGGAAUGAAUAAUUUUAACUUCUCUGCAUUUAUAACUCUAAUACCACCUCUACUACUAUUUUCUUGUGACAAAAGUAGCCCAGCCUAUGUUUACAGGAGUUGUAAUUUUCUGACAUGAGUGGCUAAUAUGGCCUUCUAACAGUCCUUCAUUGGAACAGAAAAUGAACCUACUCCAGUUACCAAAGAACAAUUUGUUUGAGCUGCAGUAUGAGGCCAGAAGACCCUGGUAUUCGUAUGAAGUUAUGGUAUCUCUGUAUCUAUUUAAUAAUGUUAAGUCGAUGUGGCAUACCAGUGGAUGUAGAGAAAGAUCAAUUACUGUAACACCCGCAUGAAUUUUUCUGCAACACAAAAUACAUGUUUAUAUUCCUGUUCUUGAAGUUCCAAACCAUUUUUUCUUAAUAUACUUUAAGAUUUGACAAAAGUAAAAUGUUCUGUCCUAUUCUUCUUUAGUUUUGCUUUUUGAUGUUACCUUCAUUUUUAAUAAAAUCAGAAGGCACAUCUCCCUAAGAGAUUUUUAGAACUGUUUCUGAAAUCUGAGGACUGUGAGGUCUGACUUUUAAUUAUGUAUUUCCAUCCCUGCUGUAUCAAGACUGCUGUUUUUAGGUGGUCUUAAUAGAAAUGUAAAAAAACCCAAAUCUCCAAACAAAAAACUCCAGUUACUCCAAUAUUAGAAGAAGUUGGCACUGGCUUUUUAAAUGGAUUCUGUGAAGUGAUUGGGAAGAGCAGGUAGUACAGAAGUGCUAGAAGAACUCCUAUUUGUGUGGGCAGUUGGUCAGUACCAAAUGACUGUUUUUCUCCAGUCCUUAAACGCAUUAUAAAUGUAUCCAUGUCAUACAUGAGUGAACUAAAUCAUUCAAUACCUUGUUUUAACCUGUGCUAUAAUUAGAAAAGCUGUAACGGCUUUCAGCCAAGCAAUCACAACUAUGAGGAAGUGGUUCAGUUUAGGGUUCAUUACUGCUUUAAAAAAUGGGAUAUCAUGUAUGGGGUUUUAACUCUCAAGCAUUUCCUAUUAGAACUGUGUUUGGGUGUUGUUUGUUUACCCAGAUUUAUUCAGCACUUCAGGGCCCAUGCAGUUUUCAGGAGACUUCUGCAGUGGGCAGCAAACUUUUAAAGCAAAUUCUGAAGAAAUGUGUGCUUUAUGUGCACUGUGGCAUACAGACUGUAUAGUGGUCUUCAAAUAGGCAAGGUCCAGUUAUGUUUUUUCUGUCCUGUAUUUCACUUGUUUUAAACACGUGUAAUCUCAGUUACUGUAUACAGAUGAUGGCUUGAUUUAGAUAUAAAUUUAUGUAUAUACUGGGAGUAACUUCUCUGAAACUAAUGAAGUUACGUGGACGUGAAACUGGCAGAACAAAAUCAGUGACAUCUUUGUAUGAACUGUGCUAUUUUUUAUGGAUUGAGCGUAGACCUUUAAAAUCAUAGAAUUUUGUAUUUGCAAGCAGUUUACAAGUUGUAAAAUAUGUAUUUGUGAAGGAGUUGGCACCUGAUAGUGCAUAUUUUUGUCAGUCAUAAAAGCAGUGAUGUUUAUAAAAUGAGCCAUUUUGCAAUCAGAUUCCUGCUGACAUUAUUGGAAGUUUAAUUAGGUUGUCAGAAUAGCAUUCCUGCUGCCUUCAUAAGUAACUGCACAUAGGUUAUGAAACUAUUUGGACUUAAAAACUUAGCCUUACAACAGCAUUUUCCAGCACAGCUGGAAUUUUAGAUACUUAAGCUUUAUUUAUCUGCAAGUUAAUGUAGAGUAAUAAAGGAACUAAGAACUGGGGAAGCUGGAGGAUCAGACAUCUGUUUUAGUGAGCUGCAUUCUCCUCGUUGAGUGAAUUGGAUGCACUACUUAGAGGUGUAUAGAGCAUGUAAAUUGUACUCAAUUAAAACACAUAACUAAAACUGAGCUAUUUCACUGACUGUAGUUUAUUAACAGUAGAAUGUUACUAGCAUUGGAAUUGGAUAUCAAAUUGGUUGUUUCUAUUAAACAUCUUAACUGUCAUAACUCUAAACUGUUCCAUAAGUACAAGGUGAAUGAGAUGAAACAAGAUAUAACAAGAUGAAAGCUGUUUUGAAGUCUGUUACUGGGCUCCCUUACUGUCAGCAGGUGAUUAUUUCUUUUAGUAGCAAGGUUAUAGGGGCCAGUAGGUAUGUCUGAAGUAGCGAUUUUAUACUAAAAACUAAAAUGCCCAUGAUUUAUACCAUUUGAGCUUUCUGAAUGCUGCCCUGAACAAAGGCAAAGGGGGAUUUUUUUUUUAAGGUAGAAUAGGGCAGCCAAAGGACUUGCAUACCUGAAUAAACUGCAGAUAAGCAGCCUCAACUGAGUAGGCUCAGCUGUUUAGUUAUUACCUGGAAAUUUUUGUAGGAAAAUGCUUUCACAAAUAGGUACUAAAGUCAGUGCUUGAGCUAGGCAAUUUAUAGAACUGUUCUGCAAUGCUGUCUUUUUAUUUCUGAAUACAGAAGAAAAUGUAGAUAUGACAUCGUGUGUUAAUUUGCCCUUGAUCAUAAAUCGAAUAGGUACGUUAUUAUGUGACAGAUAAGCCUUUAUCAGAACAACAAAUUUGGUUUUGGCAUUCAUUUGGUAUGCAGUCAGGGUAUAAAAUAUUACCGUUCUCUGCAGGGACCUGCAAAAGUAAGUUUUAUUAGUACAGCUUUCAUUCUUUUGCUGGUGAAAUAUGCACUUGGUUGCUAAUUCUUGCAAACACUAUACAGAAAAAAAAAACAAACCCCUGAUCAAAAGUAAUGGCUUAGUGAUUUUAAAAUUUAAUGUCAUGAAUGCAUUUUAAUGCAAAAGCCAUAACUAAUGCCAAGUACUUUAUUAGAGCAAUGUGCUCAUGAAAGUUAAAAUCCCUGCCUGAAGAAACUGUUGGCCAAGUAGUUCAGCUAAUCUGUGGAAAAAUGUACCACAAACUGGAUUCUCCAAAUGUCAUAUUCCAAGUUUCUCAUUUGUUACUUGACUGAUUUUUUGUUUCUUAAGAGAUGGCUUAAGUUGUGCUUAAGAGUUGCUGAACAACUGUGUACUUCAGUAGCAGUUGUGUUAGUUUACUUUCUUUGAUUUGGUUUUGCCCUAAGACAAUACAGCACUUCUGUGAUUGAAAACAAAUCACUUCAUACUUAAAGUUGUUUAAGCGUAGUUCAGAACUUGACAGAUAAAGAUGGUUUCUUAAUGGAACUAUGAUUCAGUGGGUAACGUGGAGCCCAUUGUUCAGCUGUCAUUGGCAUGUCUGUAGGUCAUUCUUCUCAUUGGUGAUGCUAUCACAGAGGGCAAGUUUGCAAAUAAUGAGAUUUAAUCAAGCAAGAUUCAUUUGUAGGUAGUACACAGCGACAGGCCGUGCAUCUAGACUGACUUACUGUUGAUUUUAACAAAUUUUUAAUUUUUUUUAUUUAGAAUGCAAAUGCAAAGAACAAUCUCGAAUGCUUGGAACUUUAUUGCAGGCACUAGUUCACAUGUAAAAUUGAAAGAUACGAGGUGGUACAUAAAAUCUGUAAGAAAAAUAUCUUGGUUUAUGUUUUUUAUUUGCAUCUUUAAAUUCUUUUGCUGUGGUUUCCUUUAUUUCAAAUUCAGAAGAGCUUGUUAGUUGCUUUACGCAAGGUGUCUGCAUCACUGAAAACUGUCAGAGGUAAAUCUUUAGCUGCAAUUACUGAAAGUCUGGUUAAAUGAGUUGGUAGAUUAUAAAUUCUGGCCUCUGUCACUGGGCCCAAAUUUUAGCAGGGGUUUUGAAGAUUCAAGUUAAAAUGAAAUCUCACAAGAAUCUGAUGGGGACAGCCACUCUUGAGUGAAAGAACACAAACUUCUCAUGAGGUUAAACCUUUACAAGUAACUGUCAAACUUGUGCUUAAUGACUGUAUACCUAAAUUUUAAUCUUUUUUAUGUUUUGCUACUUGACAUAAUAUUUAAGACUAGACAAUGAUGAUUUUACGGAGUUAAUGGUUCAGUAUCAGCUUAAGUCUGAGAAUUCUUGACAAAAAUGUCUUGUGGACUUCCAAAGGUGAAGUGUCUUUUUUGAAUGCAGUAGUCAGCUGUGAAAGAAUAAAUGUUUAUUUUGUUCCUGUCAGUCAGGGCCAACCCUGUAGUUCCAUAAUUCUGAAUGGAUUUUUAUUGGUGAAGUAGGAUGUAAAAAAAUGUCUUGGAGAGAGUGCUUCUAAUUUUUCAGUUGUUCCUGCCCUCUUGAAACCCUGUCCAGGAGACCCAAGCAGUCCCUCAGUUCUUCCUUGACUUAUUUCUGUUUGUUUCUCCCAGAUUGGGACUGCUCCCAAAGGUGCAGGGUUUCUGAGUACCUCAGCUCAGUGCACAUCCAUGAAUUACUCCUCUGCCCUGUCUUCAUCAGUGCACAAACAGGGCAGAAGCACAAGCCCUUGUGCUAUGUAUCAAAGAGUUGCUUACAAACAUUAAAAAAUAAAUAAAAAGUGCAGGUGUGAGCUACUGAAUACUUCAUCAUGCUUCGUUCUAGAUUAAUUCUGACCUGUAAUAUCAGGAGCUUUGAGGUUUUGAACAUAAAACUACCAAAGGCAUACUAAUUGUUAUAAUAUCUCUACUUAUUUUCCAAUGAUCUUUAAUUGUAGAUUUCUCACUGUUACUCCCUAUUACUUACUGUAAGUAUUAGGAGCAGAAUGAUGAGUAGUUAUCCUGAGCUCCACUGAGUUGAGUCAGUCUUAACCUGAAACUGAAUGAAAUGUAAGCAAUCACCUGACAGUGCAUGUUCAGCAGCUGGCAAGUUAUUUGAGGAGCACCCUAGUUUUGUUAUUGAAGAGAGACAAGUCUAAUAAAAUUAUGAGAAGAAAACAAAAAAUUGAUACUUGUUUUUCAGGUGCUAUUCAACACUUGUAAUAGAGCUAUUUUCAGUUUAGUAAGAACUGUGUGGCGACUACAGUGACUAAAUCUAGAAGUUGAAAUCCCAAGAUUUGAUUAUUUUCUAGGGCUAUGAGUUACUGAUAAAUUUCACAGCAUGCCCUUAAAAAGUUCAUACCUUCACAGACAAUAGUGUAACUGACUGGUGCCUCAUCAGCUGCCUCUGCCCCUUCUUCAGUUCUGGUGUUCUGACUCAUCAUCACUUCAGUGAGGAAGGAGAUGAUCUUUUGUAUAUUCAAAUCCCCUGGUUUUUUUUUUGGUUUCUACCAGGUGUUCAUUCUGGUAUUCCUGAGAAUGGCUGUCCUGAUUUUCUUGAUGCUAAUGACAUGCUAUUGGAAGUAUGUCUGUGGGUUUUAGAAAGAUGUAGCUUAAAUGAGUAAAAUUAUUUAGCAGUACUCUGCUUUUACUUAUACAGAUGUCACUGCUGAAGAUCCUGUGAAUAACAGGUGUUAGAGUAGAAGAUUAAUUACUUCAGAAUGUUAUGUAUAGCUGCAUCAUAUGGGUAAGAAUAUUUUCAGGCAUUCAUUGACCUAUCUUUGUUUAAAUUCAGUUGUUGCAUCUUGUGUGAAACUUAGGAUGUCAAGUUUCACUGGAGAGAGAUAUCUUCUGUAAUAAAACUUGUAUGAAAGAGCCUCUGUUUUAUGCAUGAUGGAAGCAAUUAGUCUGGUUGCUUAAAAGUUGCUAAAAAGAGAACAAUAGGAUUAAAGAUUUAAAAAUAAAUAAAUCCAAACACAGAAAAGCUUCCUAAAGUGAGAUUACUAAACUGAAAUAUGUUUACAACAAUUCAUAAAUUUGUGUAGAACAAAUUUGUUUCUGUGGAUUAAUGCCCUAAAUUACUUUCCCUUUAGUCUUGGUUUAGCUUUACCAAAUUGAACGAUCCACAAACUUAGUGAUAUAAAAUCCCUUUUGAAUUUGAUUAGUUUUUGCAUUUAAUAUUAUUGAUUUUUCUGGCUUUAUUCAAUACCUGUUUGUCUGUUCAUCUAGCCUUUUCCCUAAAUAUCAAGGCAGCUGGUUGAUCUUGUAAGUACAAAAUUAAGUACAAAAUUAUAGUUAAUUUUGUGUUUAUAUGCAUAUACAUUCACGUUUUUCCACUGAGAAAAGUGUGUAUCCCUCAUGGUGCACGUUGUAAUUUUUUACAUCAUUACUUUUGUAAUGUCUCGAAAUUAAACUGCAGUGCUCUCCAUAUGUGGAAAUUUUUUUUCAGCACAAAUUUGACAUUUGGCCAUAAAAUAAUCAAUAUAGUAACUAAGCUACAUAAGAAAUUAUGGGUAAAGAGGCCUCUGCAUUUAAUAAUUGCCUCUUGGGAGGCUUAUUUUUACACUGAUACAGACUGAAGAAGUCUGUGUUCUCUAGCUGUUCUGAAAAGCAAGAAAUAGUCUUUUGAGAACUUGAGCAGAACAGCAUCUUCCAAAAAUCUGCUAAAUGCAUUGAAUAUGUCAAGGAUUUAUCUGUUUAAUAGGAGAUAGUCCUGAAAUGUCAUGCAGGUAUCUUCAAAACAUUCUUAUCAUUCACUUGGUUUGAAAGUCCAAAAGGUAAUAAACUUGCCAUCGCCAGCCCAGCGAUGCUUUGUGCAACAUAUUUUUUAAUGUGCUUCUCUUCUUACAUUCUGGAAUCGUGAUUUAUACUGUUAUUUCUGGGAUUAAUGCGUCACAUGUGUUACCAGUCACAUCAAGGGAGGGGGUGGGUGUAAAUAUUUUCUUAAUUUUUAGCUCCUCAAGUAUACAGUGUUUCUUGCAAAAGGAAAUUAUGUCCAUUGCAGGUGGUAGUGUAUCUGGGAAGGGACACAUAGUAGAAAACUGGAAAAAUAAGUGGAUUUUGGUCAUUGCUUAGUAUUGGGAUUUAGGGAGCACAACACCACAAGUACGUAAGUCCUCAUUCCCACAGAUCUCAGCCUGUAGCCAUUUUCUUCUGUCCAUUGAUUCUUUCACAGCGUUUACUUUCAGUUGUUUUCUCAGUCUCCCAUCUUUCUGCUGUAUCGCAGUACCUGCAUACUUUUUAUUUCUGUAAAAGCAAUUCAAUUUAUAGUAGUAAAACAUGAGAUGUUUGUAUCUGAAA